AUGUCGUUUUUUAUAAAAUUAUUUGUUGUCUGUCAUGUCGCAAUUUUAUUUCAGUGUCGUCAGGUUGUAAGUGGUGGCAAUGGUAACAACAACAACAAAGCCAAUUUGAAAUCCCCAAAAAUUGCCAAACCUAAUUUUUCAACCAGCUUAGAAAGUAACUAUUAUGACGAAGGUGAAGGUAGUGGCAUGAACAAGAACGACAACAUCGAUGACAACAGUUACGAUGACGACGACAAGACAGAUGGUUCUGCUUACGGAUCAGGAGAUGACAUGGAGCCUGUUCUACCCAAGAGAAUGACAAAAUGUUUGCGAAUGUUGGAGGACGCCAGUAGUCCAGGCAGUUACAUGCCGCGGUGUACUUACGACGGUCAGUUCGAUGCCCUGCAGUGUCAUGGUUCAGAGUGCUGGUGCUCAACUCCAUCUGGUCAGAAGAUCCCAGGAACUACUAAGAAGGAUCCUGACACUCCCAAGUGCAACACUCCUAACAAUAAAGAUAGCAGUAAGCAAAUAUUUCAAAAGUCAACAAAACAGUCUGAAGUGGGGGCAACGGCAUCGUCAUCAUCAGCUGCAACGACAACCAUCAGAUCUCCACAUGGGAAGAAGCAGCAUUCAAAAAACAACAACAACAAUGUUCACAUCGUCGUUGAUGGCGUCAAGACCCAUGACAAUAAGGACACAGACCUUAAUGCUCCUUACGAUAACAUCGGUACAAGGAACAAAAACCUUCAGAGCAAGAAGCCCACAUUGAGAAAGAUCUUCCCCAACAGAAACAACAACAACAUGAACAACAACUUGCAUCUCAAUAUCAGCACAGACUCCCACAACAACUACGCACAGAGAACACCUGCCCAGACAGAAUUACGAUCGACAAUCUCCCAACUCAUAUCCCAGCCUGGGGUCUUGGCCGGGAUAAUUUGCAUUGGGGCAGUAACCCUCCUCUGCUUCCUCACCAUCUUAACAUACACCAUCUUCAAACUGAGGCGACGAUCGUACUCAAAAGAGAUGACCCAAACGAAACCAGUCGUCAAGGUGAACAGUAACAUGAGCAGUGACAUCAUCAUCCACGAUACCAACAGUUACUAUAGAAACGGAGGAACAGGCAGUCACGUGAGUGGUGUUGGCGGUGGUUUUGGGGAUAUUUACACCGGGGGAGGGUUUAAUUACACCCCCGGUUACUCUCCGGCAAGGUGCAAUACGAUGAGCAACAAAAUGUCACCCUGGUCCCCAGUUAAUGGGGUCAUUAGUAGCACCACUGUUAGAAAUAGCGCUGGCUAUUCAAAAUGUUUGGAUCGCAAUUUUUAUGCAUAA